AGCUGCCCCUUUUUUCGAAAUGAACUAGGUGGUGAAGGAGAACGUGUGGUAAGCUUAAGCAGAGAUUGGGGCUGUGGUUCACAACCUGGUUGCUCUGUAAAUCCCCUAGUUUUGUAUAGACCUGUAACAGCAUCAACCAUAGGUCUACUGGAGCCUCCAGUUGGACAAUCUCAUUGGAGAUCAACACUUUGUCCUUACAUCAGAUGCCCUCUAACAAUAGAAGCUGUGGACCAAGGAGCAAGUUACUAUCGUAAUUACUUUGUUGCACAUGAACAUCAGAACUGGUUUGGUGUUGAUGAUGCCAUGGGUCCUGUGGCUAUUAGCAUUAGGAAAGAAAAACUUGAAGAUGUCACAGACAAUGCUCAUAGUUUACCAACAUAUCAGUACCGUAUUAUCAUUAGAACUGCUGAGCUCUAUAGCUGUCAAGGAACUGUGUUGGAGGAAAGUCUUGGUAGGCCUAGUGGAGAAAAGGGGAGAGGAUCCGGAUCACGUGAAUUGUUGGAAUAUGUUUGUCCUCAGCUCUCUGUAGGAUCAUUACGUUUAGGUCAAGCAACUCCACAAACAGAAGAAGCACUGUUAAGAUUAGAUGAUUUAGGCAUUCACAACAAAUUUAAGAUUGGUGUGCUAUAUUGUCGUGCUGGUCAGACAACUGAAGAGGAAAUGUACAAUAAUGAGAGUGCAGGUCCAGCAUUUUCUGAAUUUUUAGAGAUUUUAGGACAGCGAGUUAGAUUAAAAGAUUUUGAUAAAUACCGUGGAGGUUUAGAUCGUAAAAUGAUGAAUGUUAGGCAGAGUGGGUUUAAUACAAAUUAUGUUCAAUAUCUUAAGAAGGUUAAUAUUGUUGAAUGGAUUGAUGAAGCAGCAACUUUUCAGUUUUCUCCUCCAAGACUGACUGAAGGCUACCAGAGAAAAAUAUCUAUAUUGCAGUCCAAAUCCAACAAGAACUAA